UGUUGAUGUGUCUCGCAGUACCUUUUAAAUGCGUACAGCUAUUCCUAGAGGACAGGCUCAAUGCUACUAUACCCUGGACUCCUUUUCUGCUGCGGUCAGUCUGUUCUUACAUGUUUGGAGCUAUGAUUUAGGGCUGACAUACUUACGCUAUAUGAAUGUUAGCGUUGUGUGGUGGUAUUUGUAGAGCCGGAGUAUUAAACCAAGGAUGAGAACUCUGAGGUUGCUUCUAAGC